GACCUGCAGCUUUAAUUCAAAUGCCAGUUUGCUAAAAUUGAUGCACUAGAAGCUGAGAUAUUGAUUACUGAUUUAUUUACAUAGAUUGGACUCAAUGAGGAAAUUGAAAAGCGUUUGGGAAUAUUUACAUGAGGAGGCCUUACGUCAACCGGAGAAGUUGACAUUAGCAUGACUCAUUCUCAUUGUCAGAGGAGGAGGUCGUUUAAUCUAUUAAAUCAGAAAUGCAUUCCCUGAAAUUAAAGUAGAAUGCAAUUAAGUACAAUCUGUAUCGAUAAAACUGAUUCAUUCUUAUACCACGAACGAGUCAGACUAUUUUAAUUAGCCGGUUUCCCCGUUGCGUAUGCCGUGUUUAUCUGAGAGGAAAACGGAGAUGGAAACGACACGUAUAAAUACGGAGGUCGUCAGGUAGGGAGAGAAGGAAAGUACCAGCGAUAAGAGAAGGCUUAACAAGCUGGAUUGGCUUCGUGCUGGGAUUAGACCGAAGCUCAUCUUACCAAGGAUCGUCAUUAUUAAACGAGGAAAAUGGACAAGAAAGGAAUUGUUCUACUGGUUGUAUGCUUACUAAUUACCACCGCAAUCGCUCAGCUGUCUCAUAAAGGAACGGGAUUCUGUCCUUUAAAGAAUAGCGUUUCGAAAUGUACUCCUAGAUGCACCACAGAUUUCCAGUGCUCUUUCAAUGAAAUCUGUUGCCCAAACAAAUGCGGGAGCGAGUCUUGCGUCCAGGCGAGUGCAGUCAAUACUGGAAACGGAUACAAAGGAUCGAACGAUGCCGUUUAUUGCGCCGGAGUGAAAUGCGGUCCGUACGAAAAAUGCAAAUUCGACCGGAGCAGCAAACGCGAGAAAUGCGUUCGUACAUAAAUUCUAUUUACGAAAGAAUUCAUAAAUUCUAUGCAUCUUUUAUAAACUAUUGUAUAUAUUAUUAAUAAAAUUUGAAUCGAAUCCCGCGGGAGUAUCGAAACUACCUGUUGGCGAUAUCGAGAUCGAGAGUCGACUAUCGAAUGGUUGAUUGCUAAGAUCACAGUUGUAAGAUAAGAUAUACCGUUCUGAUUGUUAUCUGCGAUAUUCUAUUAACAAGAAUCAGUAUUAUUAUUAAUAAACCGAGUAUGAAGUGA